UACGUGCAUGUUACACACGCGAUGCAAUGUGUAGUGUAGUAUCCCACGUGUGGUAAUAUUGGCGCGGUGUGCUGCCUUUGCGUGUAUUAUUACUAUAGUGGCCUAGCGUACAAAACCGCACACGGACAUUUACCACACUGUACCAUCGUGUAUCCGCAGCUAGCAUAGCAAAAGGCGCGUGUGACCACACACCAUACGUACAUUCACUACCGUAGGACUCAUCUGUACCUUAGUUCAGUUUUUAGUAGCGUAGAUUUUUAAAAAUAGGAAUAAAUCCCCACGAAUCAUGGACGCAGGAAACACCCAGAACGCCAACGUACACGGCACGGAGAUCGCCAACGAUCCUGGGAAAAUGUUUAUAGGCGGGCUGAGUUGGCAGACAGAAACAGAUAGCCUAAGGGAUUACUUUCGCAAGUACGGAGAUAUCAAGGAAUGCGUUAUCAUGCGGGAUCCUUCCUCUAAGAAAUCAAGGGGAUUCGGGUUUGUCACGUUCGGCGACCCCAAGUGCGUAGAGAAAGUGCUAAAAACAGACCGCCAUGAAGUAGACAGUAAAAAGAUUGACCCCAAGGUCGCUUUCCCCAAAAGGUCACCGCCCAAGAUAGGGGAUAACAGUGAACCAUGCGUAGAAACUGUGAGUUAAUUUUUUUUUCAUUUU